UUCGCUCCCUACAAAAACCCUACUUUGCUUCUCUCUAGUCUCUAUCUAUCGCAGACUCGCAGUAUCGUUCCCUCUCCCUCACAGCUCUUUUCGGAAGAACGCUCUCUCUCGCAGAUCUGAGAUCGGAGCGAAACGUUUUUCCGUGAAGCCAUGGCUCUGAUCCUGCAUGCCGGGAAAACCAACAAAAAUGCUUACAAGGCACUCAUUGCUGCAGAGUACACCGGUGUACAAGUGGAGCUGGCCCCGAACUUUGAGAUGGGUGUCUCUAAUAAGACUCCCGAAUUUCUCAAGAUGAACCCUAUUGGGAAGGUUCCUGUGUUGGAAACACCCGAUGGUCCCGUUUUCGAGAGCAAUGCUAUAGCACGUUAUGUUACUCGCCUGAAGGCUGACAAUCCUCUAUAUGGUUCUUCCCUUAUUGAUUAUGCUCAUAUUGAGCAGUGGAUCGAUUUUGCGUCGUUGGAAAUUGAUGCUAAUAUUGGGGCUUGGCUUAGACCUAGAAUGGGACGUGCUGUAUACCUUCCUCCGGCCGAGGAAGCUGCAAUUUCUGCAUUGAAGAGAGCGCUGGGAGCUCUAAGCACUCAUCUUGCUUCAAACACAUACCUGGUUGGGCAUUCCGUGACCCUGGCUGACAUUGUUCUGACUUGCAACUUAUACAUUGGGUUCAGCCUCGUCUUGACUAAGAGCUUUACCUCUGAGUUCCCUCAUGUUGAGAGAUACUUCUGGACCUUGGUUAAUCAGCCAAAUUUCAAGAAGAUCCUGGGUGAGGUGAAGCAGAGUGAGUCUGUUCCACCUGUUCCAUCUGCGAAGAAGCCUGCUCAGCCAAAAGAAUCUGCGAAACCAAAGCACAAGGAUGAACCCAAGAAAGAGGCCAAAAAGGAGGAGCCAUCAAAUGAGGAAGAGGAGGCUCCAAAGCCCAAACCUAAAAAUGCUCUUGACCUGCUUCCCCCAAGUAAGAUGAUACUUGAUGAGUGGAAAAGGCUGUACUCAAACACCAAAACCAACUUCCGUGAGGUUGCUAUUAAAGGGUUCUGGGACAUGUAUGAUCCUGAGGGAUACUCUCUCUGGUUCUGUGAUUACAAGUACAAUGAUGAGAACACUGUUUCCUUUGUAACACUUAACAAGGUCAGUGGAUUUCUUCAGAGGAUGGAUCUAGCUCGCAAAUACGCUUUCGGGAAGAUGCUAGUGAUCGGUUCCAACCCACCAUUCAAGGUGCAGGGGCUGUGGCUUUUCCGUGGGCAAGAAGUACCACAGUUUGUGAUCGAUGAGUGCUAUGACAUGGAGCUUUAUGACUGGAAGAAGGUGGAUCUUUCAGAUGAAGCCCAAAAGGAGCGUGUCAAUCAAAUGAUUGAAGAUCAUGAGCCUUUCGAGGGAGAGCCUCUUUUGGAUGCCAAGUGUUUCAAGUGAAUGACCCCCAAUUCCAGGCUAAAAAGUUGUGUUUUAAUUGUGUCCUUUUUGUGGUAGAGUUUUUCUUUGUGCUUGUUUUUAACAGACUGAACCCUAGCCAUUUUGUUCUUGAGGGACCCGUUAUUUAUUUAUAAUCUUGUUUCUACUUGUUUGUGUCGGGUAUGUCUAGCCUAUAUAAUAGAAAUCAUUUUGCAUUA